AUGACGAACCAGACGACAGCCAACCAGUCCAACACCAGCAAGGCCAAGGAGAAGGAGGAAAACCAGCGCGACGACAACACCGACAUGGCGUACAAGGACGCCGGCCACUGCAGCCGCAACACCCACAACCUGCUGCUGGGACUCACCGUCAUGGGAGUGGUGAUGGGCGCCGUGUUCGGGAUGCUGCUGCGCUACAUGAAGGUGAAGGACAGCUCCGCCCUCACCAUGGUCUCCUUCCCCGGGGACAUCCUCAUGAGGAUGCUGAAGAUGCUCAUCCUGCCCCUCAUCAUCUCCAGCCUCAUCACAGGACUGGCCGGUCUGGACGCCCGCUCCAGCGGCCGGAUGGGCAGCAGAGCCAUGGUGUACUACAUGACCACCACCGUCAUCGCCGCCAUCCUGGGGGUCAUCCUGGUGCUGGGCAUCCACCCGGGGAACCCCAAGCUGAGGGGGGGCACGUACACCUCGGUGCCCAAGAACCAGGAGGUCAGCAGCCUGGACGCCUUCCUGGACCUGAUCAGGAACCUGUUCCCGGAGAACCUGGUGCAGGCCUGCUUCCAGCAGGUCCAGACGGUGCUGAAAACGGUGGCGGUCCCCGUCCAGAACCAGAGCGAGCCCAUCAUGGUGAACAGGAAGAAGCUGGAGUACAAGUGGGGCAUGAACGUGCUGGGCUUGAUCGGCUUCUUCAUCACCUUCGGCAUCUGCAUGGGCAGGAUGGGCGAGCGCGGGAGGAUCAUGUGCGACUUCUUCAACAUCCUCAAUGAGAUCAUCAUGACGAUGGUCUCCAUGAUCAUGUGGUACUCUCCCGUCGGCAUCGCCUCGCUGAUCGCCGGGAAGAUCGCGGCCAUCGGAGACCUGGAGGUGGUGGCCCGGCAGCUGGGCCUCUACAUGGUGACGGUCAUCGUGGGCCUGGUGAUCCACGGAGGACUCAUCCUGCCCGCCAUAUUCUUCGCCAUCACCAAGAAGAGCCCCUUCACCUUCUACUCUGGGAUCUUCCAGGCCUGGAUCACCGCUCUGGGCACCGCCAGCAGUGCCGGGACGCUGCCGGUCACCUUCCGCUGUCUGGAGGAGAACCUGAAGAUCGACAAGCGCGUCACGCGCUUCGUGCUCCCCAUCGGCGCCACCAUCAACAUGGACGGCACCGCCUUGUACGAGGCCGUGGCCGCCAUCUUCAUCGCCCAGAUGAACGACAUCACGCUGGACGGAGGACAGAUCAUCACCGUCAGUAUGACGGCCACCCUGGCCAGCGUGGGAGCGGCCAGCAUUCCCAGCGCUGGACUGGUGACCAUGCUGCUGAUCCUGACGGCGGUGGGCCUGCCCACCCAGGACAUCAGCCUGCUGAUCGCCGUCGACUGGCUGCUUGACAGGAUGCGGACCUCCAUCAACGUGGUGGGCGACUCGUUCGGCGCUGGAAUCGUGGACCACCUGUCCAAGGCAGAGCUCGCCGAGAUCGACGCAGCCGAGAUGCAUCAUAACCCGCUGGAGGAGGAGCUGGACUUCAUCCCGCCGCCGCCGGUCCUGACCGAGAUGGACCUGGUGGUGGACCCCCUCAAACCGCCCGAGCUGCCGCCCCGCUCCCCCCGCCCCCCCAAACUGAACCACCAUAGCUCGGCGUUCUCCCAGCCCCACUCCGCCACCUACUCUCCGUCCCGCUCCGUCCGAUCCCCGUCGCCGCGCUCCAUCCGCUCGCCCUCCCCGCGCUCCGUCUGCUCCCACUCCCCCCGGCCAUUCCGCACCCACUCCCCACGCCUCCUCCGCAGGACGGAGCCGGGCUACUGCGCCCUGCCCAGCCACGAGAACCAGAUUCCCACAAUUCCUCGCUCCUACAGAGAGCGAGAGCGCGACAGGGAACGGGAGCGCCUGAGGCGCGAGAGUGAGACGGAGGAAGAGGAAGAGAGGGAGCGGGUCCUGGGGGAGGUCAGCGACGGAGAGGAGAGCGACGACACCGCCUACGAUCGGAGGCACGCCAUCCCCCCAGGCGACCUGCCUUGAUCUGACCCCACCGGAU